CCCCCAUCUGGUGCUUUAAUCUUCAAGGGGGGGGGGGCAGGAUGAACCCCCAAGAAGAGCAUGCUCAGGGAGAUGCAGAUGCAGAUGCUGCUGCAGCAUCCCCAUCUUCCACGGAUGACGAUGGCAUGACCUGGUGGUACAAGUGGUUGUGCAGGUUGGCCGGGAUCAUUGGGGGCAUCUCCUGUGCUUUCUCCGGUCUCUGGAUGUGUGUCUCCAUCCACCCGCUCAACAUUGCCGCCGGCAUUUGGAUGAUGCUGAACGCCUUCGUCCUCCUUCUAUGCGAGGCCCCGUUUUGCUGCCAGUUCAUCGAGUUUGCGAACACCGUGUCGGCGAGAGCGGACAAACUCCGUCCGUGGCAGAAAGCAGCCUUCUACUGUGGGAUGGCUGUAUUCCCAGUUAUACUGAGCUUGACUCUGACGACGCUGAUUGGCAACGCCAUUGCAUUUGCAACGGGUGUGCUCUACGGACUUUCGUCACUGGGCAAAAAGGGAGACGCCAUCACUUACGCAAGGAUGCAGCAGCUGCAGCGGAAACAAACCGGCGGAGAUGGAAUGACGGGGACGGUCGAAGCCCAGGCAGUGUGACACACACACACACACCCAGUUACCCCCAGAUCGAGGCGACUCGUUUGAGACCAGUCAUUUCCCCGUCGGGAAAGCAAAACUUCUCGCAGGCAACCGACGGUAAAAACGGCUCCAAAACUCUUCCAAACUCUCUUCAAACUCCUUCCAAAACCGGUUUCCGAGGUAGGGGCGUGCCGAUGGGAAAACACGUCCUCCCCCACCCCCCGUCCCUCUCCCCGGAACGUGUUUUUUUUUUAAAAAAAGAAAAACUAAAUUAUUUUAACACUGUGAAUCUUUAAUGCUGCAGUUUUCAGAGGCUGGGUUUGAACCCUGGCUCUGUUCUCAGGUCGGACCAGAACCAAAUACAAACAUCCCUUUUUUUUCUCGCAUCUCUGGGAUAAACUCUCAGUCAGCCGUUGAUGCAGUUGUUGUGACUCAGCAAUAGGGUAUUUCCAAAGUCAUCAGACGCUGCCUUGGUUUUUAUUCUGGCUCCCAGAGCCAUUGUGCAAAUGCGUGAGCGACCGCUCUGAGUGCUGUGAACUUUCGGCAUUUUAGAACUUUGAACCAACUGCGUGCUGAUUUUGUGAGAUGCCUUUUUCGUAGGGGGAGGGAAAAAACUUGAAUUGCCCUGGUUUGUGUGUGUCUGUGUGCUCUACUUUUUCUAGGAUUUUUCAGCAACCGCUACUACCACGGAGAUGGGGAAAAGAGCUUUUAAGUGCAGGAAAAAGUGAACUUUUUGUAGUGGUCGCCAGAAGAGUGGAACGAGCAAAAAGCCUGCAAAAUUGCCAUUUUCGCUUUGCACCAAAGUUGGUGCAAGAUAAUUCUUUUUUUCUUUGCACCCCCCCAUGCAAAUCCAAACUCAUUUCAAUCCGUUGUGUCUUUCUCUGACAUUCCUGUUCUACACUGAAAUAAUCCUCAUAAUAUAUUUAUUUAUUUAUUAUCCGCCUCUCCCUCUGGAUCGAGGCAGGGAACAAAAUCAAAUACAAAAAUACAUAAAACUGAUUAAAAACAUAUAAAACUAACACGUUAUUAAAAUAACAGCCAGACAUCUUAAAAUCCGACUGGGUUAGGCCUGCCGGAAGAGAUCAGUCUUUAGAGCUUUUUUAAAUUCAGAAAGACUGUUGAGUUGGCGAAUCUCCUCCGGCAGGCCAUUCGACAGACUGGGAGCGGCAAAAGAGAAGGUCCUCUGGGUAACGGUUGUCAGCCUAGUUUUUGCUGACUGAAAUCUUUUCUCCUCCCUUAUGGUAAAACCUCUUACACAGAUAUACCUAGAGCGGCCACCUCCACUUCUCCCCCCAAAAAGAGGGAAAAACAACGCAAUUUCCCAUGGCCCCUGAUGUCUUUAUCUUUAUAUCAGGUUUGGACUGGACAAUAUUUAUUUAUUCAUUCAUUCAUUCAUAGCAUUUUUACCACCCUCUUCGGCUGAAAAUAGCUCCCAGCGCAGUCCAUUCAUUUUGGCAAAGAAGGGCGGCACAAGCGUUCUGCAACUGUUCCUUCUCUGGCCGGCUGAUGUCUGGUGGCCAGGUUGGUCUUCCCCUUGCCCUGAAGUUCUUCCUGGGCGUCAGGCGCAAAUAGGGGGUGCCUUGAAACAGAGGACUGUCCUCUGACAACCCUUCAAAUAGAGGACUGUCUGCUAUAAUGCCAGAGACAUGGUCACUCUAGGUAUGAUGCUGAUUCAGGGCUGGACCAGGGGUCAGCAUCGCAGGGUUUUCGCUGUGUCACAUUUCUGUCUGUGUAGUCAGCCAUUUUCGGCUGCAGGCAAUAUGUGCCUGUGUGUGCAAGCCAAGCCAUGGUGACUUGCAGCUCACCCAUGUGGAUCGGCUCAUCUGGAAAACAACAACAAUUUUCACACCCCUAUUGUGUGUGAAGACAGAUGUAGCAAGAGUGAAGACAGAUCUAAGACUGAAGACAGAUGGAAAGGUGCAAAUUCCAGGGGCGGGGAAGUGUGUGUAAACCAGGCCUGUUCAUGAAUGAUGUGCACAUCUACAAACAUAUGUUUGUUUCGAUUGCUGUUUUUUGUUUUGUUUUUAAACACAGCUUGAGCUAAAAUCUCCUCCCUCUUACUUGGCAGCAAGCACCACUCAAUUUAGCAGAGGUUAGUUUUGAGUAAACAUGCCUAGGAUCGGGUGCGCAGUUCAUUUGUUUUUGAAGAACAGAAUGAGCAAAUCAACCUCAGAAAGGCCAUGGGCACUCCCGUUGCAUGUGCAGAGGCUAACAACAGAUGUUGCCCCUUCUGACUGCUUUUGGAGGUGGGGGAGAAGGUGUACUACAACACCAUGAGCUACGCCUACAUCUAAGCAGCCUUGAGCCAAUGCCUCUUCCGGCUCAGGCCUCGAAACUGGGCAAGGCUGGUUGCAUCACGUCCGCACAGAUCUGUGGGGAAAGGCUUGAUCGGAAAGAGCUGGUUUUGAUUUGAUGUGGACUC